GGCUCAUGAACGCGCAUUUGACACCAAAUCCUCUAGAUUACUGGACCCCGUGCUUCGCCAAGGGAAAGAACAUUGUCUUAUCAUACCAACGGUGUUUUUAUUCGAUAUACAUAAAUUCAAGUGACUUUGGGGGAUCGAAUAUAACAUUUAUUGGAAUAUAAUUAUUUUGAAGGGUCGAUUCUCUACCUUCUCUGUUUGCUCUUUGGCUGAGGAAAGAGCCCUGCCGUUUGCGUUGUCAGGCCAGUGUUGGUUGUUCUGAGUUAAGGAACAGCAGCAACUUCCCGUGCUUACUUUGCACUGUGAAAGUCUAUUCUUUGGACGGAAAUACAAUGCCAGGAGACAUCAAAGUGAAUAUUGUUGGUGUAAGAAUCAACAAUAGCCCAUGAUGUCGUUGGAACUUCAUUUUGUUAUGGGAUAACUGUGAUAUCGUUGCCAUAAUAACGGUUUGACCAUCAAUUAUUUCAGUCUAACAGUAUUUGAAAUCAUUCUGAAUUGUUAUAAUACGGUAACCUAUUGAAUAUGCCACCCCGGAGUCUGCUUGACUCAGAAGAACACACCAAGGGACCUAAGUAAACACAACAGUUCAAGUCCUAUGCAGUAGAACGCACUGAUGAUCUUCGAAUUGCUGGAUAUUCAUUCCUUUGUCCACUAUCUAUCUGAAGAAGGCUGGCUUGAAAAUGGCAUCCUUUUUCAAUUUCCGUAAAAUCUUUAAAUUGGGUGCUGAGAAGAAGAAGAAACAGUAUGAGCAUGUCCACAGAGACGAGAACCCAGAGGAGAUAUGGGAGAUCAUUGGAGAACUGGGGGAUGGAGCCUUUGGGAAAGUCUAUAAGGCCCAGAACAAGCAAACAGGCAUUCUGGCUGCAGCUAAAGUGAUCGACACCAAGACGGAGGAGGAGCUGGAGGACUAUAUGGUAGAGAUCGAUAUCCUGGCCUCCUGCGACCAUCACAACAUAGUGAAGCUGCUGGACGCCUUCUACUACGACAGCAAGCUAUGGAUCCUGAUAGAGUUCUGUGCGGGUGGAGCGGUGGAUGCCGUCAUGCUGGAGCUAGAAAGGCCCCUGACGGAGCCCCAGAUCCGGGUGGUGUGUAAGCAGACCCUCCAGGCCCUCCUCUACCUCCACGACAACAAGGUGAUCCACAGAGACCUGAAGGCUGGGAACAUCCUGCUAUCCCUGAACGGAGAUGUCAAACUGGCUGACUUUGGUGUGUCGGCCAAAAAUACCAAAACACUACAGAGGAGAGACUCUUUCAUCGGGACGCCAUACUGGAUGGCCCCGGAGGUGGUGAUGUGUGAGACGUUUAAGGACCGCCCGUACGACUACAAGGCUGACAUCUGGUCCCUGGGGGUGACUCUGAUCGAGAUGGCCCAGAUUGAGCCUCCCAACCACGAGAUGAACCCUAUGAGAGUCCUGCUGAAAAUAGCCAAGGCCGAUCCUCCUACCCUGAUGCAGCCAUCGCGCUGGUCUCCAGAGUUCAGUGACUUCCUAAGAAAGUGUCUCGAUAAGAAUGUGGACAACAGAUGGAAUGUGGCACAACUUCUACAGCAUCCAUUUUUGAGUACUGUGACCGACAGCAGACCGUUGAGGGAGCUGAUCGCUGAAGCAAAGGCUGAGGUUUACGAGGAGAUUGAGGAACACAAGGAGGAAGAGGAGGAGGAGGAUGGAGAGACACAGCGGGGUCACAAACGUGCACCGUCCGAUGCCAGUGUUGCCAGCUCGGAGGACGAGAAACUCCCUCAGUCUCCCUCAGCCUCCAUCCUGGAGUCUUUACUGGAGAAGGCUGAACCGGUUAUCCCAACACCACAGAUUGUUGAAAAGGUCCCUGAACCAAGCGUCGUCAAACCAGAGGAGAACCUGGUUGUGGACACUGGCUUCGUCGAGGAGCCUUCUGUCACUGCAGAACUGGAGGAAAUGGAUGAGACCCUUGGUGCUCCAAUAAAUGGAGAGACAACAGAAGCCAGUGAGAAACCAGUAGAGGUGACGGAAGAGGAGGAGAAGGUUCAAGAAAUAUCAGAGGUUUGCCCAACAGAACCCAGUGAGAUAACUUCUUCAGAACCAGCAGAGAAACCAGCAGAGGCCCAACCAGAAGGAACCGUUUCCAAUGCUGCGGUCACCAUAGCCGACAAGGAGAUGGAACAACUGGCCAUAUCCAAUCAAGAUGAAAAGGAAGUGGACCUAGCUGAGGUCCAGACGAAUGAGAUCACUGCAGAAGGGUCAGAGGCCAAGGAAGAGCCAACAGGAGACAAGAUGGAAGUUGAGGAGGAACCAGCCAACGAGGAGCUUAGCAGGGAAGCAAAGGUUACCGUGACAACCCCAGAGGAGACUAAGGUGGACGACAAACUCAAACCUGCAUCUCCAGCGGUCUGGAAAGAGGAGGAAGGAGAGAAAGAGAGAGUGGAGUAUAAGCCAACUGCGGAGACAGGGACUCCAGUGAAGUCUAAGGAUGAGAAGGAGAGUGAUUCGGACUCUAGGAGUAGUUCUGCUGCACAUAACGGCAGCAUAGACAUGAACUUGUCCAUCUCCAGCUUCCUGACCAAAACCAAGGAGCCAGGACCCCUCUCCAUACAGGACACCAAGCGCCAGAAGAAGACACUGAAGAAGACCCGUAGGUUCGUGGUGGAUGGAGUCGAGGUUAGCGUGACGACGUCGAAGAUCAUCACCGACAAUGACACCAAGAACGAGGAGAUGAGGUUCCUCAGGCGUCAGGAGCUGAGGGAGCUGCGUCUCCUGCAGAAAGAGGAACAGAGGGCCCAGCAGCAGCUCAGCAAUAAACUGCAGCAGCAGAAAGAGCAGAUCUGCCGCCGUUUCGAACAGGAGACGACCAGUAAGAAGCGCCACUACGACCAGGAAGUGGAGAACCUGGAGAGACAGCAGAAGCAGACCAUCGAGAGGCUGGAGCAGGAGCACACCAACCGGCUGAGGGACGAGGCCAAGCGCAUCAAGGCCGAGCAGGACAAGGAGCUGUCCAAGUUCCAGAACAUGCUCAAGAACCGCAAGAAAGAGGAGCAGGAGUUCCUGCAGAAACAGCAGCAGGAGUUGGACUGUGCCCUGAAGAAGAUCAUCCAGCAACACAAACACGAGCUGGCCACCAUCGAGAGAGACUGUCUCAACCACAAACAACAGCUCCUCAGAGCACGGGAAGCAGCAAUGUGGGAGCUGGAAGAGCGUCACCUACAGGAGAAACACCAGUUGUUUAAACAACAGCUGAAAGACCAGUACUUCAUGCAGAGACACCAGCUGCUUAAGAGACACGAGAAGGAGAUGGAGCAGAUGCAGCGCUACAACCAGCGUCUGAUUGAGGAGAUGAAGAACAGGCAGACACAGGAGAGGGCCCGCUUACCCAAGAUCCAGCGCAGCGAGGCCAAGACGCGCAUGGCCAUGUUCAAGAAGAGCCUCCGAAUCACUGGGGGCCCCAUCACACCCGAGCAGGAGAGGGAGAAGGUAAAACAGUUUGCAGCCCAGGAGGAGAAGAGGCAGAAGAAUGAGAGGCUCCACCAGCACCAGAAACAUGAGAACCAGAUGAGAGACCUGCAACUGCAGUGUGACACCAACAUCCGGGAGCUGCAGCAGUUACAGAAUGAGAAGUGCCACAUCCUGAUAGAGCACGAGACCCAGAAGCUGAAGGAGCUGGAUGAGGAGCACAGCCAGGAGCUGAAGGAGUGGAGGGAGAAACUACGACCCAGGAAGAAGGCUCUGGAGGAAGAGUUUGCCAGGAAGCUUCAGGAGCAGGAGAUCUUCUUUAAGAUGAGUGGAGAGUCAGAGUGCCUUAACCCCUCAGCCCAGAGCCGCAUCUCCAAGUUCUACCCCAUCCCCAGUGUCCACUCCACUGGCUUCUAGGGGUUAACCCAUUCAUGGCACUCCGGAUGAACAUAAACAUAUAUCCACAUAUCGAAGGCACACUCAAUGAAUAGAUAUACACACUUCCGGAUGGAUACACACACACAUACAAAUAGACUGGCGCGCGUGCACACACACACACACUCACACACACACACACACACACACAGAGACAGACAGACUAAUAAGACUGAGCCUCUGCUGCCUUGCCCCGUCUCCAUUGAUGACAAUCGGGGACGAAGGGGCGAUAUCUCCGAGGGUGUGUACCCCUCUAUCGGUUUCUGGACGAGGAUGGGACAGUAGCCCUCAAGCUACAGACUAUGUUAAUCAUGAAGACCUUUUUAAUGGUGAUCUGUUAUAUAUAAUUUACCCCCUUUUCAUUGUAUAGGGUCGCGUUCAGUCGGGCACACCGUAGCAAGAGUUUGAAUUUGUGUUUUUAUUGUAGAAGUAGUACCUCCCUGUUUCACUCCAUUUCAAAUAAUUUUCCACUGACUGAAAAAAAAACAGUUUUAUUUCUUACAGCUUCCUCUUUUGAAAUGAGUUAUGAAGGAGAUUCUUGACAUUAUGCAUUUUCAAAUGUGAUACUUUGUGCACUCUGUUCCUCAAAUCCUUGCCUCCAUGUCACUAAAGUGUCUCAGGCAGAUUUAAUUUUUCACUGCUGAUUAUUUUUCAUUUGUGAAUCUUUUUUCUUGAAGGAUCUAGUGCCCGUAUACUUUUAUUUCAAUGGACCUACUUUUCAAAUGUAAGCUUCCUCUGAAAAAAAAACUAUUGCUGCUUGAUUUUUAUACCAUUAGUUAUUUGCACUAAAUCAGGGCUGCCCAACCCUCUUCCUGUAGAUCUACUGUCCUGUAGGUUUUCAGUCCAACCCUAAUUAAGCAUAUCUGAUUCAGCUAGUUAAGGUCUUGUUGAGCAGCUAAUUAGUAGAAUCAGGUGUGUUAAAUUAGGGUUGGACUGAAAACCCACAGGACGGUAGACCUCCAGGACGAGGGUUGGGCAGACCUGCACUAAAUAAAAAGGAUGAAGGAACAUUUUGUACCAGAAGUCUAAUAUAAUGAACUUAUAUAUUCAAUAUCUAUGGUAAUGUUUGAGAGAGCUAAUGAUCUGAUAAGAAUGUACUUUUGGUAAAGGAUGAACAGCAAAUUUUUUUUUAUAAUGAAUCUUGACAAAGGCAUGAUAUAUUUUAUAUGCAAUCACACAUAUCUUGAAAAGAUAUUGAAUUUAGUUUCCAAUGGACUAGGGAGUGACUGCCUGAAGUUGAGCAUGGAUUUCGAUACAAGCUUGACUUCUUAUGUUAUAAUUAUGGUAUCAAAAGUUAUUUUUUGGAGCUUAUUAGCAACAGUUUGGGAUUUAUAUCUUUCUGUCGGAAAUGGUUCCUUUCUUCUAGCCUGGAAUCCAAACUGAAUCACUACUUCCACUGUUGUUUUACUUGGACAUUUGUGAAACGCUUGAGAUUCCCAGGCUAGUAUCUUUCUUCAGGUUUCAUGAGCAUGCCUUUCAUCUUCAGCACAACUCUUGAGAUUUGUUUCUCUCUUUUUGUAAUUUGGCGUAGUCGGCGAGUGGCCAUUUUUGUUUUAGCAUACCAAGGAGGGGCUAUUAAAAUGGUGUUUGUUUAUAUAUCCAGACAGAGACAAGGUUUUCACUGUGGUUGCUCAAAUGGCGUUGUUAUAUAAUUCGAUAGAAAUCUGUCAGGACCUAUAUGAAGGUCUGUUUUGUGAGAAUUUCAUGCAAAUGUUUGGUAUGUCUAUGUAUUGUUUCUAAAAUUGCCUCCCAUUAAUAAGGUAUUAUUACAUUACCAUAUUCAUCAGUUGACCUGCAUGGCUUUUCGGUUUGUUUAUAAGGAAGUUAUGAUACUGUUUUAUUAUCGUUCAUGCUAGCUAAUAGCCUUAGUGUUUUCAACAAAACGUAUGAAGAGACGGUAUUCAUGCUGUGGCUCUCUGUGAAGUUAUUUUAAUCAGACUUAGUCCUGCCCCAAGUUAUCUUUAUAUUCGUAUAGCCUCUAUUGUAUCAUAGUCAAACGUUUUGUUACUUAUUUAAUCUAAGGAUAAUGAAUAUGACGUUAUCAUGGGUUUAACAGUUUUGAUAACAUUUUCAGAACUUCAGUUUUAGCUUAUUUUAUCAUAGAUAUGCAUGAUCUACUCUAAAGUGGUGGUAGCCUAUAACCUUCAAUACAGUUUAAAAUCAUUUGUUAAAAAGGAACUGUUGGACCUGACUGGUUUAGGCCAUCAUGACUUCUGAUUGGUCCAUUUGUCAUCUCACCCUUUUUUGAUUGGCUGCAGGAACAACAAUCAGUCGAUGCUAUUUUAUAAUUGGUCUGUAAUAGUGGCAAACAAAAACAAAACAUCAUACACAAUGAAGGAGUGCUGUGCACCUUACACAAAAUGAAGAUACAUAUUUAUGUGGAAAUGUAUCUUUACUACAGUACAGUAUUGUAGUUUCCUCAAUUGUCAAAUAGUUCAUUUAAAAUCUGAAAUUUAAGCUGAAUUGAAAAUAUAAUUAAAUAUGUUAUUAGUGUCAUGAUUUCCUUCUGAUUUUCAAAUUGAAUCGUGAUUGAUUUCAGAAUGUUGUUUGAAAUUGAACUACCAUGAAAAAAUAAUGUGCAUUUUUCAGACAAGUUUACAUUAUAGUUUUUAGAAUGCCUAUGUACUGUAGAUUUGCAUUGUUCUGUAAAUAAACAAUUUCCUGUA